GUUGAAUUUGCUCUGCAGAAUGCAUUAAAUUAGGAAAAAAAAUGAAGAUACAUUCCGUGGACCAAGGAGCAGAGCACAUGCUGAUUCUAUCCUCAGAUGGAAAACCAUUUGAGUACAACUAUAGCAUAGAACAUGAAAGGCUUCAAUGUUAUAGUUUUUUUCAAGAAAAAACUAUAAUUCAGAUCACAUGUGGAGAUUACCAUUCCCUUGCACUCUCAAAAGGUGGUGAGCUUUUUGCCUGGGGACAGAACUUAGAUGGCCAACUUGGACUUGGGAGAAUACUUGACUCAACCCCCACACCACAGCUUGUGGAGCGCCUCUCAGGAGUCCCCUUGGCUCAGAUUUCUGCAGGAAAAGCCCACAGCAUGGCUUUAUCCAUGUCUGGAAACGUUUACUCGUGGGGAAGAAACGAUUUUGGACAACUAGGCCUGGGCCACACUGACAAUGAAGAUUGUCCUUCCCUUAUUGAAGCACUGGACAACCAGAAAGUUGAAUUCCUUGCUUGUGGUGGCUCUCACACUGCCUUGCUCACAAAGGAUGGGCUCCUGUUUACUUUUGGUGCUGGAAAACAUGGGCAGCUUGGUCACAAUUCAACACAGAAUGAGUUAAAACCCUGUUUGGUGGCUGAGCUCCUUGGGAAGAGAGUAACCCAGAUAGCAUGUGGAAGGCGGCACACACUUGCCUAUGUGUCUGAUUUGGGGAAGGUCUUUUCUUUUGGUUCUGGAGAAGAAGGACAACUGGGAAACGGUGGAACACAGAAUCAGCUGAUACCACUUCCCAUGAAAUUGUCAUCAAAUGAAGAACUCAAGUUUGAAAGCCAUACCUCAGAAAAUGAGUUAAUAAUAGUUGCUGGAGGAAAUCAAAGCAUUUUGCUCUGGAUGAAAAAAGAGAAUUCGUACGUUAAUCUGAAAAGGAAAAUUCCUACAUUGAAUGAAGGGACUGUGAAGAGAUGGAUUGCUGAUGUGGGGACUAAGCAGUGGCAAAAUACAAAAAGGGAAAUCAGAGAGAUAUUUUCAUCUCCUGCAUGUCUGACUGGAAGUUUUGUAAGGGAAAGAAUAGCUGCAGACACCAUGUUUACUCAUUUGGACUUAACUAAAGCAAGAAACACCUUUAAGGAGUUAACCCAGAAAGACUGGAUUACUAACAUGAUAACUACAUGUCUCAGGGAUCAUCUGCUCGGAGCUCUUCCAUGCCGUUCUCCACACCAAGAAGCGUUGUCAGUUUUCCUUCUGCUCCCACAAUGUCCUGUGAUGCACGAUCCUAGGAACUCAGAAAGUCUGGUGGUUCCCUUUGCACAGGCUGUUUGUAAAAUGAGUGACCAAUCCUUACGAGUCCUGAAGCAGUGUUGGGCAUCUUUGCAAGAGUCUUCUCUCAGCACACUGGUCCAGAUGCUUAAAUCAGCCAUCAUUGCUCAAAUGAUUUAUUCACUUGAAACACCUGAGAAUAACUGCAAUCUGAAACCUCUUCUAGAAAUGAUGAAAGAAGUGUAUAAGGGGUCACAAAUUACACAUAUGUUUUCACCCCAAUUUUUACUUCAAGUCAGACGAAGUCACCUAGUUGAUGAUGCUCUGCGUCAAUUAGACCAAGCUGCAGUCACUGACCUUCGGAAAGAAUUGGCGAUUGAAUUUAUUAACGAAAUUUGUUCUGUGGGUUAUGGGGUAAAGUCCGAGUUCUUCUACUUCAUAUUUGAUGAGAUGACCAAGACAGAAUAUGGAAUGUUCAUGUAUCCUGAAGAGGGUUCCUACAUGUGGUUUCCUAUCAGUCCUAAAAUUGAGAAGCAGAGAUAUUUUCUCUUUGGGAUGCUGUGUGGACUCUCCCUGUACCAUUUAAAUGUUGCCGAUAUUCCUUUCCCACUGGCUCUGUUUAAGAAACUUCUGGACCAAAAGCCAUCAUUGGAAGAUUUAAAAGAACUCAGUCCCCUUUUGGGAAAGAAUUUGCAAGAAGUUCUAAAUUAUGAGGCUGAUGACAUUGGAGAAGCACUUUGCAUAUAUUUUUCUCUACGAUGGGACCAACAUAAUGUUGAUUUAAUUCCAAAUGGGAUCUCUAUACUUGUGGACCAAACCAACAAGACCGACUAUGUUUCUCAGUGUGUUGAUUACAUUUUCAACACUUCUGUAAAGGCAGUUUAUGAGGAAUUUCAGAGAGGAUUUUAUACAGUCUGUGACAAAGAGAUACUUAGACUUUUCCAUCCUGAAGAACUAAGGACAGCAAUAAUUGGAAAUACUGAUUAUGACUGGAAACAAUUUGAAAAGAAUUCAGUAUAUGAGCCAGAAUACCAUGAAUCACAUCCUACUAUACAGAUGUUUUGGAAAGCUUUCCACAGAUUAACUUUGGAUGAAAAGAGACAAUUCCUCUUUUUUCUUACAGGAAAUGAUAGGCAGACUGCAAGAGGAUUACAAGAAAUGAGAAUCACAUUUCGCUGUCCUGAAACACUGAGUGAAAGAGAUUACCCAAGACCACUCGUGUGUCAUAGAAUUCUGGACCUUCCUAGAUAUUCUACAAUGGAAAGACUGGAGGAAGCACUUCAAGUAGCCAUCAGAAGCAACCGUGGAUUUGUCUCGCCCACAGUCACACAGAGAUAAUGACCUCAGGGAGUCUCAGCGAGGCCUCAGGUUCCCAGGUUCUCUCACUCUUCCAUUCAGACGUUCUUCUUUAGUUCUAACUAGUACAAAGGGUUGAUGAUUUUAGUUAGAAUUAAUAAAUAAAUGUUGAGAUUAGCAAAAAGUGAUGAAUCAAGAUAAUAUUUUUAAUGAAUGAACAUUUCCUGAUCCCUAAACUUGUUAUCUAAUAUUUGCCUUUUAGUGACUUACUUCCUGAACAAUAAUUACCAUUUAAAAAUAAGGUGAAUAGUAAAAGCUAAGAGCUGUUUUUUAAAAUAUUGUGCAUCUAAUAAUCACUGCCUGCAAAUAUGAAAGUUUGAAAAAAUAAAAAUAUAAACGAAUUUAACUUCA